AAAUAAAAAGCCUAUUUCGUGCACGCCGAGCCCUUGUUUUGUUGGUUCCGUCUAGGGUUUUAGCCCCUGCCGCCGCAACCUCCCGUCCCCUGCCCCUGCCGCCGCAACCUCCUCCUCCCCCUAGCGAAUCCCGUGCCCCCGCGACCCGCCGGGCGACGAGCGUCUGCGCCGGCGGCCGAGAUGGACCGGUACCAGAGGGUGGAGCGGCCACGGACCGAGUCGGCGACCAUCGAGGAGAACGAGAUCCGCAUCACCGCGCAGGGCCUCAUCCGCAACUAUGUCUCCUACGCCACCUCCCUCCUCCAGGAGCGGAGAAUUAAAGAGAUUGUUUUGAAAGCCAUGGGACAGGCAAUCAGUAAGUCUGUUGCUGUUGCAGAAAUUAUCAAGAAAAGAAUCCCUGGUUUACAUCAGGAUACCAAUAUCAGUUCUGUCAGCAUCACUGAUGUCUGGGAACCUAUAGAAGAAGGCCUUCACCCGCUGGAGAUGACUCGGCAUGUUUCAAUGAUUUCAAUUACCUUGUCUCCUGGAGAGCUGGAUAAGAACACCCCUGGGUACCAAGCUCCUGCUUAUGUCGAACAGCACAGGCAACCGCAGCACCUCCAGCAGGCACCGCCGCCGCAGCGCCAACCUCACCGAGCACAAGGCCAAUACCAGCAGCUUGAGUAUGAAGACUCCUAUGCACGGGGUCGAGGCAGAGGAAGGGGCCGUGGACGUGGAAGGGGUUGGGGUAGAGGAGGCUAUGGUGGAUAUGGAAACAACCAAGGUGGGUACAAUCAGGGUGGCGGGUAUUAUGAUAAUCAAGGUGGGUAUGGCGGCUAUGAUAAUCAAGGCGGGUAUGGUGGUGGAUACGGCUACAACCAAGGCAGAUAUGGAAAUUACCAAGAAAAUGGCGGGUAUAGCCGAGGACGAGGUGGUGGUAUGCGUGGAAGAGGCAACUGGGGUUACCGUGGAGGCUAUGAAGGAGGCAGGGGUGGUGGCUAUGAAGGAGGCAGGGGCGGAGGCUAUGAAGGUGGCAGGGGCGGAGGCUACGAGGGUGGCAGGGGCAGAGGCUACGAGGGUGGCAGGGGUGGGGGCUAUGAAGGAGGCAGGGGUGGGGGUGGAAGGGGCUAUGGUGGCCGUGGAAGGGGAAGAAUGGGUGGCCGCGGGCGAGGGAACUGAGCGCAGGCGCAAAAUCCAUGGGCUUCUGGUGUUUCUAAAAUGCAUGCUUUAUUAAUAUCAGGGGAAAAGAUAAGUUAUCUGAGCAUUUGUGUUGGAAGCCAUCAGUUAUGUGAGGUCCAUGUUGUUUCCCGGAGCGUGAGGUUUGGUUGUGAGCAUAAUGCAUUUGCAUGUUUAAUCAUGUUGUCAUCUUUCAAUAUUUCUGCAGCUGAGGUUGGUUGUUUUCCAAUGGUCUUUAAAUGCUGAGCAUGCUGCCCUAUGUUCAUGCCUGCAGUAUCAACAGAUGGAAACUCUUCCCCUGUGUUAAAUUGUUCAUUCGACAUGUGCAAUUUUGCUUAAAUUAAUGUAUUCAUGAUAGUUGAUACCAUCA